AAUCUAUCUCUUUUACUUAAAAAAAUGGUUCAACCAAGAAGUCCUUGCCAAAUUCUCUUGAUCAUUGUUCUUUGUAGUGCACUAUGUUGGAGACCAUUGAUGUGCUCAAUGUUGGAAACCGUUGAUGGGCCAAUGGCUAUGGAUAAUAGAGAGAGCACUGAUCCAAAGAAUUACUAUUGUUGUAAAAGUUUUAACAGGCCGUCAUGUAAUCCACAAGUUUGUAACAAUGAUUGUACAAAAAAAGGCUUCAUGGUGAUGCUUAACAUGUAUAAUGAAGAGAAAGAAGUAACAAUUUAUGUGACAACCGAAAAAUUAAGGUAUAACCCUAAACCAUUUAGUUGUCAAAAUCAAGUUAAUGAUGAACUUGAUGAUGAAAAUGAGACAGACUCAGUUUGUCCAAGUCAAGAAAGCUAUCAUAGUCUUCAUAGUUCCGAUAAUGAAUAUAAGCUUCUAAAUUAUGGCGAAACUUAUGCAUAUACAUGUUGUGGAGAUAAAAAGUGUAAGUGGAGAAUUCAUGGUUCUCUUACACAAGAUGGGUUUACUUUUGAAGUAAAGAAAUUUAUAGAAACUCAUUCUUGUACUCGAAGCAACAAGAGUGGUAACAAAAAUGCCACUCAAUGAUGGAUUGUUGAUGUUGUUACCGACAAGUUGAAAUCUGAAGGCGACGUCUCUCCUGCAGACCUAAAAAGGUGGCUUAUGCAUACCUACAAUGUUGAAGUACCAUAU